AGAGCCAGCUCAAAGUGCCACGACUCCAUUUAAAGGAAGAGGAUUCCCAGACGAACUGUCUGAGAGAUAAUUUGGGGAAAUAGCUGCAUAUUUUACUUCAGAUUGAAAGAAAUUCAACGACAAAAUCCGUGCUUCUUCAACCGCCCCCAGAAGCGGUCUACAGUAGCUACAUCAGCAGAUAUAUAUAAAAAAUAAGGACAGCUAACCCGUCAUAGUGGUCAUCAUGGAUCUGUAUGACCCUCAGACGCUAGGCAUCUUGGUAUUUGGAGGCUUCAUGUUCAUCUCAGCCCUUGGCAUCGUCCUGGUCUCCACCUUCUCCAUGAAGGAGACCUCGUAUGAGGAGGCUCUGGCCCAGCAGCGUAGAGAGCUGGGCAAGAUGGCACCUCCCAGCCAACUGACCAAGAAGGACAAGAAGAAGGACAAGAUAUCUGAGAAGAAGAACCGUGGUAAGAAGAAAGAUGACAAGCCCAAUGGGAAGCUGCCGGAAUCGGAACCAGAGGAGUUCCCAGUGGCCGUACCUGAACAAACCCCAGCCCCUGAAAGAGUCACUGCUCCUGCCCCUGCCCCUGAAAGAGUCACUGCUCCUGCCCCAGCCCCAGAAAUAGUCACUGCUCCUGCCCCAGCCCCUGAACCAACCACUCACCCUGCUCCAGUUCCCACUGCCGUAGAGGCCCCACCUGCCCCUGCACCAAAGGAGAAGAAGAAGAAGGAGAAGAAGGUGGCUAAGGUAGAGCCAGCUCAGGCGACCACCACCCCCAUUGCCCCCUCCAAGCCUGCACCAGUCCUGGAGGCUGUCACCAAGGAGGUCCCUGUGAUGGCAGUGCCCCCAGUGGGCUCCCAGCCAACUGCAGCCAAGGCUCAGGAGGCCAGGGCUCAGGAGGCCAGGGCUCAGGAGGCCAGGGCUCAGGAGGCCAGGGCUCAGGAGGCCAGGGCUCAGGAGGCCAGGGCUCAGGAGGCCAGGGCUCAGGAGGCCAGGGCUCAGGAGGCCCAGAACCCUUCUAAGAAGAAGGCAUCUUCCAAGAAAAAAGCUGAGUCUGCCAUACCAGUGGACUCUGGUCUGGAUUCCCCCCUGUACCUGCCCUACAGGGCCCUGGUCUCUACCGUUAGCAGUAUGGUGAUCAGUCAGGGAGAGGCCCAGCGCCUCAUAGAGAUCCUGUCUGACAAGGCUGGCAUCAGACAAGACACCUGGCAGAUGGCUACUCAGAAGGGCGACCCGGUGGCUGUGAUGAAGAAACAGUUAGAGGAGAAUCAGAAACAGCUGGCAACUCAGCAAGAGGACGCCACCGCAGCCAAGAACAGACUGAGGGAACUCACCAAGGAGCUGUCAGCUGAGAAGUCCAAGGUGGCCAGUGUGGAAACCAGGCUGAGUUCCCAGCUCUCGUCCAGGGAGCAAGAGAUGAUCGCUCUGCAGGCUCGGAUGCAGGCCUCCUACCAGGACCACGUAGCACAGACACAGAAACUCACAGCUAAGGUCAUCAGUCUUCAGGAGCAGUUGGAGUCAGGUCCCACUGCCCAGCUGGCUUGUCUGCCGCAAGAGAACUCCAUCCUCAGAGAUGCCUUGAACCAGGCCACCAGCCAGGCAGAGAGCAAACAGAAUGCAGAGCUUGCCAAGCUGAGGGAGGACUGUGCCAGACUGACCAAGGAGCUGGGGGAGAGGAGUGAGAGCCUUCAAGCUGAUGAGAAGAUCAAGAGAGGGCUGGAGACUAAGGUGUCUUCUGUAGAGAAACAACUUACUCUACUGCAGGCCAGCCGUGUAGAGAGUGAGCAGGUGCUGCAGAGGAGGUUGGAGGAGGUUAGUGAAGAGUUGAGGAGUUCACAGAGCACCCUGGAGAAAGCCCAGCAGGACGCUACUUCCCUCUCAGACAUCCAGGUCCAUCUGGGCAGGAUAGAGGCUGAUCUGAAAGAGCGUAGUGCCCAGGUGGAGGCCCUAACAGCCCAGCUGGAGCAGACCGAGCUGGAGAAGGGACAACUGGAGGAUCAGGUAGAAUCCAUCAACGUACUGCUGGAGGCCAGCCACAACAGAGACGUGGACGAGGACACGGAGAUGUGGAGUUGGUCUUUUCUCAACAACACCAAUCAUUUAUCUUCCAGUCUUCAGGACAGAGACAGUCAGUUGGCAUCACUCCAACAGGAGCUGAAGCAGCUCCAAGAAAUGAAACAGGAGGCUUCUGCAGUUGCUACAGCUGAGACCGAGCGCCCACCUAACAGUGAGGAAGCAAGCCUGGUGACAUCACUUCAGGAAGAACUGAAGCAGCUUAAAGAAGAGAUGGAGCAACUUAAAAACUCUCCCGCUGAUGUCACUGGAGAGACGGAACAGCUACUCAACAGAAUGAAGGAGAGAACGAGCCAGGAAGUGAAGCAACUCAAAGAAACAUCAGAGCAGGCCCAGAGCAGCACUGCUCAGUCCGACAACACCGCAGAACUGGCGGUGCUACAAACCAGGUUGUUUAUUAGUCUGGCAGAGAGGGACGCUAUGAUGGCAUCACUACAGGUGGAGCUAAGGGAAGCCAGGGACCAAUCGCACAAGGUACAGGAGACCCUCGCUCAGGUCCAGCAGAGCCAGGAAUCGGAGCCUAGCACAGAGCUGCCGGAGCUGUUGGAGAAACUUAAGGAAGCAGAGGACAGCCACGGGACACUGCAGGCAGAGUGUGACCAGUACAGAACAGUCCUGGCUGAAACAGAAGGAAUGCUGAAGUGCCUUCAGAAGAGUGUAGAGGAGGAGGAGCUGGUGUGGAAAUCCAAGAUUGCUGACUCUGAGGACCAGUUGAAGAAGGCCCUGGAACAAGUGCACACUCUGAAGGAGACUGCAGAGAGCUUGAAGGCAGAGAACCAAAGCAUAGAACAGCUGAAGGAGCAGUUGAUGCUAUUGGAAGCCCAGUUGGAGAAACAGUCCGAGACCGCCCUGACAGAGGAGGAAAUUGCACCGGUCAGAGGUCAGCUGAGCGAGGCGAUGAUGUGUGCUCAGAGCCAGGAGGUAGUCCCUGAAACCAGGGCACAGAACAGCCAAUCAGAGCCUGAGGUCAGAGUGCCGGAGGUUCUCGGUCAUGGGGCACCCUUCACUGCAUGUCUGUUCUACUGGCUCAAGGUCCAGUCCCAGUUGAAUCAGACUACAGAGGAGUUUGAACAGGCUCAGAAGACGGUUGCAGAGCUCCAGGCUCAGCUGGACCUGCUGAAAGAGGCAGGAGACUCCCCACAGGAUGACACAGAGGAUGUAGCCCAGCUAAAGGAGCGCCUGCAGAAAGAGAGAAAACUAAUCAAAGAUCUUGGCCAAGCAGCCACCAAACUCCAGCAGCUCUUAAAGUCCACUCGGAAGCAGCUUGCCAAAGAGAGGAACAAACACCGCACACUACAGGACCACUCUGAUGAGACCACGAGCACAGUGCUGAAGGAAGGAACAUCUGUUUAAGAGACUGAAGACAAGACAUUAAAACAUUCCAAAAAGGCCUUCAUAUGAUUACUAUUACCAUAGUUAUGCAUUCCAAAACCAUUCUUAUUUCUUUGUACUGUAGUAGUUGAUUUCUGGAACUCUUGUAAGAAUCAAAGGACCCGUUUCCCAGACACAGAUGCAUGGUCAAUGGAGAAUCUCCAUUUAAAAUAACCUUUUAGUCCAGGACUAGGUUUAAUCUGUGUCUGUGAAACUGGACCAAAAUGUUUAACUAUUGCUAUGAACAUUUCAUUGUAUGAUCUAUGAUGAGGAAAAAGACUAUGCUGCAAGCAAAACUUUGUUGAAGAAAAAGCUCCAUUCCAUCAAUGAUUCUGGCUAUGUCAGAAGUUAUACCUAAUACUAGCUUUGGUCCAGGGCAAUAGUGCACGUUCCUCCACUACGCCCUGUAUCGCUAUCGAUUAACGCCCUGGACCAGAGUUAACCUAUUACCUACUCUGCCUUAUAUUCACAAUGACCCCCCCCCAAACCAGAGUCCAGUGUUAAAAGGGAAAACAAUUGUGCGUUAACGCGUACAUCGACCUGUGCAAUUACUUUGUUUGUAUCCAAAAUGGCACCCUAUUCCCUAUAUAGCACACUACUUUUGACCAGGGCCCUUGACGAAACGCAAUGGGCCCUUGGUCAAAAGAAGUGAACUGUAUAGGGAAUAAAUAUGGUGCCACUUUCGGACACACCUUUUGUGUGUGUCUUUUCUAAGAGGUUGGUUGAAUGGUGGGUAGAUUUUAUGGUACACACAAUGGAUGGGUGAAUGCAAUACAGUGAGUGCCUCCUUCAGUACUGUGUGCGCAGUAGCUGGCUGCCAACACACAUGAAUGACUUUGAUAAAGAAUAAACUACAAUGUAGCUAUGUGUAAUGA